AUGGCGCUGUGGAGGCGCCCGGUUGCGAUCGGGCUCGGGAUCCUUCUGGUUGUGGCGCUGCUGGUGGUCGGUGAGGGAGAAGCAUUCCGGCUGCGAGAGCACGGUGCUCAGGACGAGCGGUUGGCGGUAGUGCGGCGGGGCGUUGGACCACGUCCGAGGGUGUCUGAGGGUGUGUGGGGGGUUGCAGGCCGCAAAUCGUGGUCAGUGCGCGACAACGACGACGAAGAAGAGGAUAAGGAGGACGAGGAGGAGGAGGAGGUAGAAGAAGACGAAAAGGACGACGACGAUGAUGAUGACGACGAUGAUGGUGAAGAAGAGUCGCAAGAGCAAGCCGCCAUUCGGAAGGCCACACAGGAGCGGUUGCUGAGGGCACGUGGAGGUGUGAAAGGCCGGAUAAGGUCAAUGGAGGGUCCGGUAAAGGGUGGGCGCGGGGUACGCAUCCCCCAGCAGGAGGUGAGCGGUGACGACGCUGAAGAGCAGCAAACCGAACCGAGCUCUAUUUUUAACCUGUUCGGUUUGCUUAGCGCAAAACGGGCGGCCAUUGACGAGCGCGCAACGAUGACGACAACGAACGAUGACGACAGAGAUGACGGAGGUAGAGCACCUCGAAAGCUGGGUGGAAAGAAGCGCCAAGGUGGGAAAGGUUCCUCCAAGCACGAGGCGGAAGUAGAAGAUCCACCAGCAGAGGACGAUAGUUGGUUGGAGCGGUUGAAGAAGACGCUUGGUCUAGGUGAAGCAGAAGAACAGCAGGUUGAGCCAGCAAAAGCGGAAGAGGACGGGCUGUUCGAGUGGCUGUUUCCGUCCCACUCAGCUGACAGUGACAAGGAGCGAGAGAACCCCAUCAUCAACCUGCUGACAAGCUGGCUGCAGUCUGGAGAGAACGCAGGUGACUCAAGCGAAGAGAUCCGCAUCCGCCCGAUCGGCUCUCGAGCGGAAGAAGAGGACGAAGAGGACGACGAGAAGACCGACGGUCGGAAGAAGCAGAGUGGUGAUUCAACCCUAGUGCGGCUGUUGAACCAUAGCCCUAUCACGGCACUGUUUGGAGCCGAUGAUCUGCCCACAGAACCACCUGUCGAAGCUGGCCCGAAACGCCAAAAACGCGCUGUACCGGGACCUUCACGUGUGUUGAAGCAACGCAUCGCCAUCUCACCGGAGGACUUCGAACAGCUGCUGCUACGUGUGCCCUCCUUCGUGCCGGACUACUCGCGUGUGCAGGGUGAGGAGUGCCGCAAGCAGGGUCGCAUCUUUGAGCGUCAGUUGCGGGGUCGACGACUCUGGGCGUUGCAGAUGGUAGACGCUAGCGCACGUCUUGCGUCAGGGUUGCUGCGAGGUAACGCGAAUCAGCUUGGUGACUUCGACCUCUGUACCGGGAUCGCUACACGGGUGAGAGUGCGAGAAGACGAGCUGGUGCGGAUGCGUGGCAAGUACUGCUUGGCACAUGUUGAUGUCGUGGCAGAGGACGCUGAGCUGAGGCUCCCGGUACACCUGCUGCAGGGUGGUGGCUUCGUUAAGAGCACACUAAACGACCCGGAUCACUUCCUGCCGCGGUUCACGACCAUCAACUGGGGUAUCUGCCUACCGGCGGCUUGCUCGUUUGAAGAUGCCGGUAGCAUUGUGGAGCACUUCGUUCGUCCGUACAACUCCACCGGCAUCAAGCUGUUCCUCGAGCUGGAGGAAGCUAACUGUCACGUACGUCAGGUACGCACCUGGUCACGUUUACUCAAAGACAACUGGCAGCUUGUGGCAGUACUUGGAUUCUACACCUUCGUGGCGGUGGUGACACUGGUAGCGACCUUCAACGACUACGAGAUCUUCAUCAAGAUCGAGCCACCGUCAACGAGGGACUCACCUACCGAUCCACCAGAGCAACGCACCACCAACGUCUUCCACCAAACGUUGAUGGCGUUCUCACUGAAGAAGACGCUUCCGCAGUUGUUUGGCGUCACAGCCAAUGAGGAACGACCGAACGAUCUACCCUUCCUAGACGGGCUGAAGGCGUUCGCUAGUGCGGCUCUGUUUCUCGCCCUACGACUCGUCCCGCUCGGCUUUCAGCCGUUCACCAACCGAAACGAGUUCACCGAACACUUCACCGCACCGUGGAGCGUUGUUCUGCGACUACUCAUGCUGUAUGCGGACGUGUUUUUGGUCGUGAGCGGGUUCCUUGCUGCAUAUCACAUGGCAAGGGAGUACCGCGAGCGGGCCCGUGUGCCUUGGUUUAAGCGCAUCGCCGGACGAUACCUUAGGCUGGCGUUCCCGCUCGUGCCAGUGCUGGUGUUCUAUGCGUGGGUUUGGGAACACCUUGGCAGCGGCCCGCAGUGGGGUGAUGUGGUGACCAAAAACGCGGACCUCUGCAAACACGGCUACCUUAGUAACCUGCUCUUCGUACACAACUGGUACCCGAUUGAAGAGACCUGCGCUCCACACACCUUCCAGCUGGCUAUUGAGAUGCAGCUGAGUGUGUUAGCUCCGUUCCUUAUGGUGGUGCUUGUACGCAGCCCAUUCUACGGUACAGCUGCGUACGUGCUGCUGAGCGCCUUAUCAACUGCAAUCCGCUUCGCAGCAACAACCGAAGACCGACUAACACCGUACGUCUUCCACGGAGUUCGACUGACACAACUAUACCGCACACUCAACCUAUCGUUCGCGGAGACACUCCAUCGGUUGACGCCUUACCUGGCCGGGUUUGGUCUAGGGUAUCUUCUGCAGGAAACAGGCCGUCAGCGACAUGAGCGCGGUGUACGCUGUGCUGGUUGGCUCGGGGCCUCCAUCGCCCUUCUCUGGUGCGUCAUCUUCCCACUCGACAUCUCGCGCAAGGACUUCCGGUACGAGCCGGGUGAUGCGGCACAGUUCGCCGCCUUAGCACCACUCUCCUGGGCGCUCGGACUCUGCUGGAUCAUCUACUACUGUGCGACUGAACAGCAAAGUCGGUUAAACCGGCUGCUCAGCUCUCGCCCACUCGUCUGCCUCGGGCGACUCUCGUACGCGCUGUCACUCGUGCAGUUCCUCGUGUUCUUCUACUUCGCUGGAUCGACGCGUGGUAGCGAGGUGUUCAGCUUCGCCGGGUACAUCAACCGCACCGAAGUUUGCCUCGUGCUUGGAGCGGCGCUUCUGCUCACGCUACUCUUCGACCUGCCCAUCCAGAACGUGAAACGAUUACUCGACCAGUCCGGUGUGUUUGAGCAGCUCGAGACACCCGAGCCGGUGCCAGCUCCAGAGAAGAGCGUAGAACCCGAGAUACAGGAGGAACCUAGCGUAGUGGAGGAGUCACCGGCCGAUUUCGUCAGCCCAUUCGACGGACAGGAUGAGGACGAUGGUAUCUGGUUGCGGAACCGUACCACCGAACCAGAAGAACCACCUGCGGUUGAGGUGGAGGACUUUUGGGCACAGUCGGACGAAGCUGACCGAAGUGACGUGCCGGUGGAACCGGCCGAGGAUCGUCGGAAGCAGGAACCAGAGAUAGUAGCACAGGAAGAGCAGGAGGAUGAAGAGCAGGAGGAAGAAGAGCAAGAAGAAGAAGAGGAAGAGGAAGAGGAAGACGAGGAGGAGAUCGAUGAAGAGAAGGAGGUAAAAAGACGACCUGCGGCAAAUGGCGGCGCCACGUGGUCUCGCCUGUAGACGAUCGGUUCGGUUUGGUAGUUUGUA